UCACGUGGCCUUCCAACGCGGAGUAGCUGUGGAUACGUUUGAAUCUUCUGGUACCGUGUGUGGAAAUAGUCAUCGCUGCCUUGGAGGAUAUGUUUCCCCAACUGAUGAAGCGACACUGGCUCACCGUCGGUGCUGUGCUCCUCAGUCUCUUCUUGUUUGGUCUGAUAUAUACGUCACAGGGUGGGAUAUUCGUGGUGACGCUGGUUGACUGGUACACCUUCUUCCCAUCAACGGCCGUGUUUGGCAUCCUUGAGUGCAUCGUUGUGGGCUGGUGCUAUGGAACCAAGAGGCUUCACGAGGACGCCCUUACGAUGUGGGGAAAGAGGAUACCUCGGGCUAUGGUCAUAAGUUUCAAGUUUGUGUGCCCCCUAUUUCUAGUUGUGAUCUGCUGCUACUCCUUCUACUCCUACCGACCCCCGAAAUACGGGGACUACAUCUACCCCACAUGGGCGACAGCCGUUGGAUGGCUCAUAUCCGUUUCGUCACUCCUGCCGUUGCCGACUGUUUUCAUCUGGACGGUUUACAACACACAAGGGGCAACAGUGAAAGAGUUGUCGGUCAGCAUCCGCAAAGAAUAUGCUGUGAGAUGUUGCUCCUCUGUGUCACUUACAGCAGUAAGUGGCAAAAGCCUGCCACAAACAGUUGAAUCAGGGAAACCUAAAAGGCAGAUAAUCCCAAUGGAGGAGACGAAACUGGAGGUGUUGGAAGGAAUGAUGAGAGCUCAAAAUGACUUCGUGGAUGUGGAGAGGAGGACUUGA